CUUUUUCUUUUAUAUAAGCGCAGUAUCCUAUUUUGGUAUGUAUUUUGCGUUAUACGAUUUCAAUUGCAAGAAAAUGAAAGUCGCAAUCUUGGUUUGCACUGCGUUAUUUGCCUACGUUUUGGCGGCGCCCCAAUAUACGGAGGAGUAUUUCAAAGUGCACCAAGAAUGUCAGGAAGAUGUACAUUACUUCAUCGCUAACAUGACGGUAUUCCAAGAACUCGAGUUCGAAAAGAAGAAACCUGAAGAUGUCGAGCUUCCGGUCAACUUCAACGAUCACCUGUACUGCAUGUACGUCAAGCUUUUCAUUCUCACCAACAAAGGAACAAUUGACGAGGCAGUCGCCGCGGACAAACUCAAAACUUUCUUCCCCGAAAAUGCAAACACCCAACAGAUAGUCGCGGACUGCAGUCAGGCGACCGCAAACGCCGUAAACUCAACCAUCGUGGCUUCGUCGUUUUACUUUUGUCUCUUAGACUACUUUGCUUGAUAAAUCUAAAGGUAUUGUCUUGGGAUUAUUCGAGGACAGAGAAAUAAAUUACUUU